ACAAACGCCGCGAUGUGAACAAGAUUGACCGAACUGUGUCUGUAUUUGUAAUUGACGUUUGUAUGACAAUAACGAGCAGUAAUACAAAGGCGUCUGUGCGGAUAUUAUUUAUGGUGCAUUCGUGAACUAUCUGUGAAAAUUAAGUAAGACAUUAUUUUUCAUUAAAAUUGUCGUUUGCUACGUCCAUCUCAAAUUCGAAAUUUUACCAUCAUAACGGAUCUACACAAAUUAUAUCUGCCUUAACAUAAUUACGUUAUUUUAAACAUGCCCCUAGCAAUAACUAUACAGUUUGGAUUACUGUAUUGUGCCUUCGGACUAAAUUUCCGUUUACAAGCGGGGGAGGUCACGUGCUUGGUGGGCGUGGACGCGCCCCACCCCCAGGACAUCCCCCAGGUGGUCAAGUGUGGAGCCCACGAGAAAUGUUCGCUAGAGCAGUACGUAACACCGAGCGGUUCCCUUCGAUACAGUGCCAAAUGCAAGGAUGUCGUGCACUGCCAAGGGGCGUCUGUGAGCUCGCCGAACCAAGUUAUCUGCAGCCAAUGUUGUACACAGGACCUUUGUGCGGCAUCACUCUGCGGCAACUCCGGUUACCCAAACAACACGGGGCCAGUGUGUUACCAGUGUACAUACCCGCAAGAUGCAGCAGGCACCUGCGACAACAUAGCCGUCUGCAAUGAACAUGAGGUGUGCAGUACGUACGUUGACGAUGACGGAAAGUACAGACUGGGUUGUAUGACCGAGAAGCAAUGUAACUCCACCAUGGACACCAGCUCGUGUGCGCGAUGCUGCUCUGCGCAGAUGUGCAAUGAUGACUGUGACGUCACCAAUAUUACUCAUGUUAGUCCAUGCCAGAACAGUCCCUGUCAGCACGGCGCAUGCAUUGUAAAUGGAAGCAAGGCGUAUACGUGUCAUUGUGAUGUUGGAUACGGAGGAAUAAAGUGCGACAAAAAGAUACAAGAUUGCAAGGCGGCACUGGACUUCAAUAUCACGUCGCCAGACGGGAUUUAUUUAGCGCUUCUACCUGGUGACGUCACGCUUACGCACCUGUCAUGUGACAUGGUAACGGACGGCGGAGGUUGGACGGUUAUAUUAAACCGCGCCAGCGCUGAUUUAGACUUUGUACACCAAACCGACACGGACUAUGCUUUAGGAUUCGGAGACAUCAGACAGAACUUCUGGCUAGGGCUGGAGAACAUGCAUAAACUAACAAACGACAGUCGACAUUACCAACUACGUGUUGAGCUCCAACUCAACUCCAGUACGAACCAGAGUCCGACGUUUUACCAGCUUUACGAUGAUUUCUCCGUAGGAAAUCGCAGGGCAUUCAAUCUUCACGUCGGCUCGAGCCGGGGAUCGGCUGGCGACAGUCUAUCCGGACAUAACGGAUUUGGGUUCUCCACUAUCUUCCCGGUCACAAACGAUUACGAUAGCAACCCGACAAGUUGCGCCAACUACAUGCAAGGCAACUGGUGGUUCCACGACUGCGCAGAUUCGUGCCUCACGUGCGCGUACAUGACCCCAGGAAUCCAAAACUGCCGAGCCAUGGCGUGGAAUGCCCUUGGAUACUGCGUUGCCCUUAAAUCUGCCAGAAUGAUGGUGCGACCGUUGUAAAUUACGAUUUAUUCGAUCAGAUGUCGUUUUUCGUUGCCGAUUUAUAUUCACGUUUAUGCUUUUUUUCAUGAUUCUGUUGUAUUAUAUCACAGCUUGGAUUCACACAUUUUUGAUCCAUUUCAGUCAAAAAGAAAUUAAUUGGGCAUUUUUUAUUAUUGAAUUUGUAUACAGCAAUUACCAUUUUAUCAUACACAUAAAAUGUGUCUGUGUAUGCAAUUAUUUUUAUCCUUGUGCAGUUUUGAUCUACAAUACGUGCAUAUCUGACUUUGUCAAUCAUAAAUACAGUUGAGCAAUUUGUAUCCAUCGUUUAAUUUGUAUUCAUCGUUUGUGCUAUUGAGUUUUUGUUAUUUCUUACACGUGUACAGGUUUUGGAUUCGCAUAGAAUUACCGGUAAUGCAUAUUUUAAUAAGUUGUAUUAAUUUUUCCCAUUUCGCCGUUUGAAUUCAUGCAAAGUCCAUAUGCCUCUAUCAUACGUUUAUGUUGAACCAUCGUCCUUUGAUUACCAACAAAAUGCUGACUUUACUAGACUUGAUAAAUAAACUUUGAUGUACUGUUCAAAAUAUGUUACCGUCAUAACUAUGGGUUAACUUUCAAGUGGUCAUUUAUAUUAGCACAAUUUGCAUAGACAUUAAAUUACAUAUUUGGUUAAAGCUUCUUAACGACAAUUUUCAAUAUGUUGGUUUCAAAACAAUGAACGAGCUGAGGGUUUUACUAUUAUGUUUAUUGUAUGCAAUACCUUUCUAUUCAUUUUAGUAAUUUUUCCAUUAGAUUAUUUAUUUUAUUCAAAUUGACUGUUUAUACCACAAAAUGGAAUCAUAUAGUUUUCGCAUUAUUCACCCGUUAUUUCGUCAGUCUGUUCGCACUUUUGGUUUUCGGUCUCAGAUAAAGUGAAAGUCAUACCUUAUCUUAAUAUUUAAUUUUGAAACAUGUAAUGCUUUAAAAAAAAAACACAAAAACACAUCGUUCGUUGACACAUGUUAUUGUUGAAAAACAAUAUAACAACUAAGAUUAUGUCUGCAACUUACAUGAUUAAAGUAACUAAAUAUCAAUAGCAAUGCCAAUCCUGUAUUAAGCAUGUACAUGAUGUUGUUAAUGACCCUCGCUUUAAAAUAAAUGCAAAAAUAUGA